AUGACCAUCAUCCCUCGGAGUCAUCGCCGUAUCGUCACCGGCCCGUCCCCCUCCGCUCCCCCAGUCAAUCUCCUGCUGGAGGACGAUGCUGUAGACGCUGGCCUUGAGGAGCGUAAAUGCCAGGCUGGUCUUGCGUUCGAGGUCGCGCAGUCCGUCGAGAAUGUCGGCGCUCGGUUUGGAUGCCAGCGGUGUCAGCUCUGGAGCCGAGAUGAGGCCGCCGCGUGA